GCGCUCGGCGUGACCAGUGUGGUGGAGGUGUGGUGCAUCGAAUUAAUUCCGGAGACGGCCAAAUGAGCCAUGACAGAUACAUCCACCCAUCUUCCUCUUCCAUCCUCCUCCUCCUCCCAUCCCCUAACAGCUGCGCCUCUCCAGCCUUCCUUGACGCCGACUCCCCCAUACUGAUGAGCCCAGAGAGCCACGCACCUCCUCCUGACGUUGCCUCCUCUCCCUCACACCGGCUUGCGCAACAACAGUGACUGAGCGAGCCGUGGAAGUGCAGCCCCCCUCCUCCCCACCGCAGCCUGACACUCUUGCCGGCUCCUCCGUACUCCCAACACGGACCUUCGGAGCCGAUUCGUCCGAGAGACGGGGAUGCGCGCAUCGCCGCUUCUGCCACGACCGCCACGACCGCCGCCCGGCCAGUCUUACAUCGGUGUCACUACCUCCGCUUGGAUUCAGCAACCGUGAGCACAUCUGAACCUCCGGGAGGAGCUAUGCCCGACUCGAACGCGCCACUACCCAGCUGCAGUCCUCCUCUUCCUCGGCACAGUCCCUCGGGCUCCCUCGCUACCUGCCCGGAGGCACCGAUGCAAGCUUGCUAAAGAGAAAAGAAGAAUAAGAAAAUAAACGCCCACAAUCGACACUUCUACCCCUCCACCCCCCGCCUUUUUUUUUUUUUUUUGUGGGGCCGGAAUUCAAAGCCUGACUUGACUGCUUCUCCCUUGGAUCAUGCAGAGAUUAUUACGACGUUGAAGGAGAGAGAAAAGAAAGGAUGGACCCGGUUAUGUGCGUCGUGGGGCUACUGGCGCUGCUCGUGGAGGGCAUCUGUUGCCAAGGAGUGUACGCUCCCCCUACGGUCCGCAUCAUCCACUCGGGGCACGCGUGCAACGUGGAAGAGGAGCGACACACGGAGCGCGUUUACACCAUCCGCGAGGGCGAGACUCUGGAGUUGAGCUGCCUGGUGACGGGACAUCCUCGGCCGCAGAUCCGAUGGACCAAGACGGCCGGCAGCGUGUCGGACCGCUUCCAGGAUUCCAGCGUCUUCAACGAGACGCUGCACAUCGCCAAGAUCCUGAGGACGCAGGGCGGGCGCUACUACUGCAAGGCGGAGAACGGCCUCGGCUCGCCCGCCAUCAAGUCCAUCCGGGUGGACGUUUACUAUCUCGAUGAGCCGGUGGUGACGGUGCACCAGAGCAUUGGGGAGGCGAAGGAGCAGUUCUACUACGAGCGGACGGUUUUCCUACGCUGCGUGGCCGUCUCCAACCCGCCGGUUCGCUACAGCUGGCACCGCGGCCGCGAAGUGCUGACCCAGGGCUCGGACAAGGGCGUGGAGAUCUACGAGCCCUUUUUCACGCAGGGAGAAACGAAGAUCUUGAAGCUGAAGAACCUGCGGCCGCAAGACUACGCCAACUACAGCUGCGUGGCCUCCGUCAGGAACGUGUGCGGCAUUCCCGACCGCAGCGUCAUCUUCCGGCUCACCAACAAGACAGCCUCGCCGUCCAUCAAACUGCUGGUGGAGGACCCCAUCGUGGUGAACCCCGGCCAGACGGUGUCGCUGGUGUGCAUCACCACCGGCGGGGAGCCGUCGCCGCUCCUCACGUGGCUCAGCGCCAACGACAGCCUCCCACAGAAGAGCAUGGUGAAGGGCGGCACGCUCACGCUGCCGGCCAUCAGCUCGGACGAGGCCGGCGUCUACAGUUGCGUGGCCAGCAACAACGUGGGCAACCCGGCCAAGAAGUCCACCACCAUAAUUGUCCGAGCAUUGAAAAAGGGCCGCUUCUGGAUCACUCCCGACCCGUACCACAAUGACGACAACAUCCAGAUUGGUCGGGAAGUCAAGAUAUCGUGUCAGGUGGAGGCCACGCCCCCCGAGGAGCUCACCUUCAGCUGGUUGAAGAACGGCCGCGCCCUGCGCAGCUCGGAGCGCAUGGUCAUCACGCAGACGGAUACGGACAUCUCGCCCGGCACCACCAACCUGGACAUCAUCGACCUCAAGUUCACCGACUUCGGCACGUACACGUGCGUGGCGGCGUUGAAGGGCGGCGGCAUUCCCGAGAUCAGCAUCGACGUCAACAUCUCCUCCACUACUGUCCCUCCUCUGUUUUUCUCUUUCUUAGUUCCUCCCAACCUGACAGUCCCCCGGGGCAAGUCCCCCCUGGUGGCCCGUGAGGGUGACACGGUGGAGCUGGAGUGCCUUGUUUCAGGGAAGCCCAAGCCCAUCAUUCUGUGGUCGCGGGCCGACAAGGAGGCGCCCAUGCCGGACGGAAGCAUGCAGAUGGAGAGCUACGACGGAGCGCUGCGCGUCGUCAACGUGACGCGGGAGAUGACCGGAUCGUACCGAUGUCAGACCAGCCAGUACAACGGAUUCAACGUCAAGCCCCGCGAGGCCGUGGUGGAGCUCAUCGUCCAAUACCCCCCAACGGUGGAGCCGGUCCACACGGAGCUGCGCCAGGGCCUUGGCCGGCCCGUGGUCAUGACGUGCCGAGUGCUGCGGGCGCACCCGUCUCGCGUGCUGCGCUUCGAGUGGCUGCUGUCCAAUCGGCUGCUGCAUGCCGGCCCUUUCGACACGCAGCGGGACGACACCGAGUACACCAUCCGCAGCCUGAACCGCGACGGCUGGGGCGAAUACACCUGCAAAGUCAUCAACGAGGCCGGUGCGGGAAAGUGCACUUUCCACGUCACAGGCAAGGCCUACGCUCCUGAGUUCUACUACGACACCUACAGCCCUCUCUGGCAGAACCGGCCCAGGAUCUACGACUUCAAGCUCCAGUGGACGCAGAUGAACCCCAACGCCGUCGAUCGCAUCGUGGCCUACAGACUCGGUCUCAGACAGAUGGGACAGCAGCGAUGGUGGGAGCAGGAGAUUCCCGUGGACUGGACGAUCAACAAGGGAGAGCUCAUCACCCAUAACCUGACGGAGCUCAUCAAGCCUGAGUCCUACGAGGUGCGUCUCACCCCCAUCACCCGUUUCGGCGAGGGUGACUCCACCGUGAGGAUCGUCACCUACAGCGCUCCCAUCAACCCUCACCUAAGAGAGUUCCACUGCAGCUUCGAGGAGGAGCCCAUCUGCUUGUUCACCCAAGACAAGAACGACGACUUUGAUUGGACGCGGCACAGCGCCGCCACCCGCGACACCAAGUACACGCCCAACACGGGGCCCAGCGGCGACCGCGCCGGCUCCAAGCAGGGUUUCUACAUGUACAUCGAAACAUCGAGGCCGCGGAAGGAAGGCGAUCAGGCACGGCUCGUCAGUCCCUUUUUCAACAUCGCCCCGAAGAACCCCUACGGCAUCACCAAUCCGCCAGCCUACUGCUUUGGCUUCUUUUACCACAUGUAUGGGAAACACAUCGGGACGCUAAAUGCCUUAGUGAAGCAAAAGGGCCUGGUCAGCUCAGAUGUGCCAGUGUGGUCGCUAACCGGCAACCAAGGGGAGCGCUGGAAGCAGGCCAAAGUCAGCGUCCAUCCGACCGCGUCAUUUCAGGUGGUACUCGAGGGAAUCCGAGGACCGGGCAUCGAGGGAGACAUCGCCAUCGAUGAUGUCACGUUGGAGGAAGGGGAGUGUCGAGACCCGCCGCCCAACCUCAGUGCCAUCGCUCAGUCCACUUCCCUGCAUAUAUGGCUGCUGUGCAUCACCGUGGUGAUGACCCUCCUGGAGGGCCAAAGGUGACCCUUCCGGUCGUCGUCUCAAGAGGCUUACCUUCAGACCUGCCGUCUGUGAGCUGUCCCCUCGGCAUCCCGUCACCAAAGAUUCACGCAUCCCGAAAGCGACGACGGUGUCCCCCGCCACCCCG